UUAGUAAUAUAGGUAUUUUAUACAAAGAAACGAUGACUUAAAGUUUUUUUAAAUCCUUCUUAAGCUUCAUGGUUUAGAAAACGUGCUUUCACACACGAUAUCAUGGGUCAGCGCAUGUUAUUUUUUUCGUUUCUUAAAGCGGCAGUAAUCUUUAAGAUUAUGAAACUUAAUGGCAACAAAUAAUUUAUCGCAUUUUUAAAAUACGCCUAGUGUCGGCUUUAAUAAUAGUUAACGCACGUUUUCAUGCAUUGUUUAAUCUACAAAAAGCUAUUGUUUAAAACGGUUGAUUUUGUCCUUAUGGACGGGAUCCUCAGUUCGAUAUGUUGUAUUUUAAUAACUAGCUAUACAGAUGCAAAUGAACAAGCAUUUGUUCUAAAAUGUAGUUGUGUUUUUCUAUUUAAUGUCUUUAGAAAAAGAAAGUUAUGACCCUCAUUAGUCAUUAAAGCUGUAGUAAUUUUACUUUUAACUUAUCACUUUAGUAUUUAACCCUGGGUUGAAAAUUGAUGCAUGUUUUUUUUAAAAACUUUCAUAUUUCUUUGUGUGUGUGUCUUUUAUUUUGUGAUUCUAAAACUGCAGGAAUAUUGUGUAGUUACAAAUGAUUAGUCCCAAUUACUUAAAUUCUCUCUGAGUGUACCCAGACAUUGUUCAGUUAGAUUUUUUUUUCUUCCAGGGAUCAAGCAACACUAUAAUCCCUUACUGAAGGAGAUCAUUGCCAGGAUUUCAGAUGCAUGCCAAGUCCACGGUGAAUGUCGGAAGUCGUGAUCACCUCAGAUGGAGCCCCAAAGUCAACAUGGCAAUGGCGGUUCAUUAGUUGUGAUCCAGCAGCCUUCCUCAGACAGCAGACCGAGGUUUGCCUAUGAAAGAGGGAUUCAGCAUACAGCCAUUCUCUCACUGGACCAAAUCAAGACUAUCCGGUCAAGCAAUGAGUACACAGAGGGUCCUUCUGUGGUGAGAAAGCCUGCUCCCAGGAUAGUUCCAAGGCCAGAGAAGCAUGAAAGGACUCAUGAAAUCAUACUGAUUAAUGUGAAUAAUAACUAUGAACAUCGGUCUUCUACCCAGCCAGGAAACGUGGGUCCGCAGUACAAUGCUAGGGUGCCUGUAUUGAGUAGGUCUACCAGCACGGGGAGUGCUGCAAGUUCAGGGAGCAACAGUAGUGCCUCUUCAGAACAGGGUCUACUGGGACGCUCACCAGCAACAAGGCCUAGCCCGGCCCACCGAACAGACAGGCCAGUUCGGACACAGCCCAAGUCUUCUGCUUCAUUAGGGGACAAGCUUAAAAGUUCAGGGAAUGAGGAAAACACAAAACAUCAGUUUAUCUGUGAACAGUGUGGGAAGUGUAAGUGUGGCGAAUGCACAGCCCUGCGGACUCUCCCUUCCUGCCUGGCUUGUAACAGCCAGUGUUUAUGCUCAGCAGAGAGCAUGGUGGAGUACGGCACGUGUAUGUGCUUGGUCAAAGGGAUUUUUUACCACUGUUCAAAUGAUGAUGAAGGGGACUCGUGUGCGGACAAUCCUUGCUCCCUAUCCCAGUCACACUGCUGCUCAAGGUUCAUGUGUAUGGGAUUAAUGUCUAUGGUGUUGCCUUGUUUACUCUGCUACCCUCCAGCCAAAGGGUGUGUUAAGAUGUGCCAGGGCUGCUAUGACCGGGUAAACAGGCCUGGGUGCCGGUGUAAGAACUCCAACACUGUUUAUUGCAAACUGGAGAGCUGCCCCUCACAGGCCCAAGCCAAACCCUCAUGAUUUCCCUUGGAACUCUCAUCAGUCUUGCUGUUUAAUUAAAUGUUAUGCACCUCCUCUCGCACCCUUUACCCCUGAAAAUUCCUCUCUGGAACAAGCAUGGAGAAUGAUGCCACUUUUGCUAUUUUCUGACCUUUUAUAAGCCAGUGUUUGCCUUGCAGUUCUUUUGUUUUGUUUUCAGCUACUCAUUAACACACUUGAUUCAUUGUAAAAACAUACUUUCUAGGGAGGGGUGUUCUCUAUGCUUCAGCUUUGUGUGAGACCAUCUCCUUACCAAAUCUGUGAAGGACUAUCUAGACAAUAAAAAAUGAAUAUAUAUGUAGCUGUUACCAGAUUUUCAUUGCAACCCAGAUUGUUAUUGUUUGUAUAUCUAAAUCGUAAAUGGGUGCCAUAUAAAACAGUGGGUAUUUCUGUUAUUAUGCUAUUAACAUUUUGGUAAACUUAAUUUAUCUAAGACUUAAAGUAUUCAUGUCCACUUCCCCCCCCCCCCCCCCCCCCCCUCACACACACACACAAACACACAAAAUCUGCAUUUGUUCUGUACUAUUUCCAGGACCACACUUGUGGAUUUUUUUUUUUUGUACAUUUUAUGUAUAAAUCGUAAAGUUGAAUUCUGACCUAUUUUAAAAAAAAGUCUGUUAAAACAUUUGUUGUAAAGAAUAUUUAUUAUGUGAGCUCUAUUUUAUGAUAUUUAUUGCAAAAGACUGUCUUGAAAUUUUACUCAUGUCUGAAUAUAACAAAAUAUCAAUACUUACUGAAAAAUGAAAGGGUGGCACAAAAGAAACUACAUAAUAUGUUAACUAUAAUGCAGAAAAUAUAUUAAUUAAUGAAAAAUAA